UUUAAGUGAAACGGCUGUGCCACCCCCUCCGCGCCUUCCUCUCUCUCUCCCUCUUCUUCCUUUCCCCUCCCUCUCCAAUUGAUCGCGUCCUGUCCUUAAGUUUGCGAGCUUCUGUUCGCCACUGCAGGGGCCGUGGCGAGCGAGCGAGCGCCAAGGAGCUGCCGGUGCCUAAGGAGAAUUGGCAGUCCAGCAAAAAGGCAGCCUCGGCGCGGGGCGGGGUGCGCGUCUAUCGCCUCCGAUGGACUUUUCCGUGUCUCGCCGUCGACGCUGAUGUGCAGGGACGUUUCUGACUGGAGCGUCGCGACGCGCCCAGGAAGCACCGGCGGGCCCUGCGAGGCGAGGAGGAUCUCCGCGGCGCCAAGGCUAAUUGCUGUGAUUUAUGUCCCUUCCGAGUACCUUCAACGUCGGCGAUCGAAAAUAAAAUGAAAGCUGGGGGGGCUUCCGCAGCACCAGCAGCCGCCGGGGGAGCAGCCGCACCACCUCGAGCCGCCGCGGCCAGCGGGCAACCAGCGAGCGCCCCGCGCCUCCCGACCAAAAGUUUGACGCCAAGAAGUGUGGCUGGCUGAGGAAGCCCCGACCAGGGAAGGGCGAAGGCGGGGCUGGAGCGGGACGGCUAAAGGGGAGACCUCCCACACCUUGCCACGCCGAUUCCCCUUCCCUCCCCCUAUCCCCUGCCGCCCUUACCGCCGCCUCUGUCCGAUCCCUGCCGCUGAAGAUCGGGCAGUGGGAUUCCCCCCUACGUCGUUGCCCAAGCCGGGCUGAUCUCCAAAGGGGCCGCGCCGGAGGAGUGGCUAAUCCCCCGGGCGCGCAGAGGGAGCGCUGAACGUCCGGAGCGCCAGGCAGCCCGAGGUUUUCUUCUUUUUUUUUCUUGCCUCGCCCGUUCGCGUCUUUUUUUUUUUUCUGGCGUGAGCUGCAACUUUAGUAGCUGGGAGAGAAGCGGCGGCGGCACGCUGGAGAAGCGGCCGAAGUGGCCCCGUUUUCCCCCGCGUCUACGGUGCCGGGGGGGUCUGACUUGAGGCUCCUGCUCCGGCCAAGGGGGUCCCACGCCUGCUUCCGUGGCCUCUUCUUCUUUUCUCUCUCUAACGCACAGCGAUCGCUGCCCCGCCUGGUGAGUACACCACGCUCAACUCUAGCCCGCCCGUUGCCCUCCCUUCUGCCCGCACUGCGCCGCUUCCCGAGGAAGGCAGGUGGCAAACUUUUUUCCGGGAAGCGGGGAGGGGGGGGAUUCUUCCCACUUCUCUCGCUUAUUCCAGUGCGCAGAGCGAGUAAAAUCGGACAAGCUUCGAAAGCUGCCCCUUGGGGAAACUUCGCUGCUUGCCAAACCUAUGCAGACAAAAUCCCAUCCGAGGUUGGGACUUUCCCACCUCGUCGCCCAAAGGGCUACCUGAAGCGGACCUCUUUUGACAUCCGGGGCUGGAGGGAUGGAAAGGUGAGCAUCCGGUCGUAUUGGAUCUGGAUGCCAUGCUGUGGCUUGCUGAGAUCUGCUAAACCUUCAAAAGAGGAAGGGAAAAGAGAAGAGAAGCAUCCGGAGUGGGGUGCUGGUGCCAGAAGAAAAGAAUGAUUGAUGGCAGUUAGACGUGGACCUGUAGAUGCUCAGCGUUUCACUUCACCAACAGAUUUAUCGGUUUGGCUGGCUGUUCUUCAUGAGCCGAGAAAGGGGAGGAUCGCUCAGGAUUAUUGACAGCACAGUUGAGGACUGGCAACGUUGCUAAACUGUCACCUGAUUUUGGACGUUCUUUACAUAUGUGAUUCAAGCCGUGAUACACUUUUUCAAAAAAAAAAGGCAACAGAUGUCCUUCAGAUUGCUCUGAAAAAAUCUAUUUGAUAUGCUAGGCUUCCACCAAAGUUUCCAACUUUAAAAAGCAACCACUGUAAUCUAACUCUUCUCCUCUGGUCCGGAACACAUUCUUACAAUAACUCCAGCUCCUGGUGUACAUAUAUGUAUAAUAUAGACUGCACUUAGUUCUCUACUGGUUAUAGCUGCCAAGGCAUCUGUAAAGGAUUUAGAGAUGUAUUUGUCAAGAUUCUUGUCAAUCCACGCCCUUUGGGUUACUGUGUCUUCAGUGAUACAGCAUUAUACUUCAGCUUGGGGACAUUACGAUGUGUGUAAAACCCAGAUUUACACAGAUGAAGGGAAGGUUUGGGAUUACACGGCCUGUCAGCCAGAAGCCAUAGAUAUGAUGAAAUAUGUGAAAGUAAGCCUGGAUCCACCUGAUAUAACUUGUGGAAAUCCACCGGAGACCUUCUGCGGCAUGGGGAAUCCCUACAUGUGCAAUGAGUGUGAUGCAACCAUUGACGAACUCGCGCAUCCACCUGAACUGAUGUUUGAUGCCGAAGGAAGGCAUCCCUACACCUUUUGGCAGUCUACCACUUGGAAGGGUUACCCAAAGCCUCUCCAGGUGAACAUUACUCUGUAUUGGAACAAAACCAUCGAGCUAACGGACAGCAUAGUUAUCACCUUUGAAUCUGGUCGCCCAGACCUAAUGAUCCUGGAGAAGUCCCUCGACUAUGGUCGGACGUGGCAGCCAUAUCAGUAUUAUGCUACAGAUUGUUUAAAUGCUUUCAACAUGGAACCAAAAACAGUGAGGGAUUUAAAUCAACAAACAGUUCUAGAAAUCAUUUGCACAGAAGAAUAUUCUAUGGGGUACAUGGCAAAUAGUAAAAUCCUCCACUUUGAGAUUAAGGAUAGAUUUGCAUUUUUUGCUGGGCCUCGGCUUCAUAAUAUGGCUUCUCUCUAUGGGCAGCUCGACACAACCAAGAACCUAAGAGAUUUCUUUACUAUCACAGACUUAAGGAUAAGACUGCUCAGGCCAGCAACGGGGGAAAUAUAUGUGGAUCCGCAACACUUGACACGCUACUUUUAUGCAAUCUCAGACAUAAAAGUAAUUGGAAGGUGUAAGUGUAACCUUCAUGCCACCGGCUGCAGAGAAGAAAACAAAAAAUUGUUAUGUGAAUGUGAGCACAACACAACAGGCCCAGACUGUGGGAAAUGCAAGAAAAACUAUCAGGGACGGCCUUGGAGUGCAGGCUCAUAUCUCCCCAUUCCGAACGGCACUCCAAAUAUCUGUAUGCCCAGUAUUUCCAGCAUUGGUACUCCUCCAAAGUUUGAUAGAAUAUGGCCGAAUAUAUCUUCCCUUGGGGUUUCUAACCCAAAUCAGGUUACUCCAAAAUUAGCUUUGUCUACUGUUUCUUCUGUUCAAGUUGCAAACCAUAAAAGAGACUGUGAAUGCUUCGGCCACUCCAACCGGUGCAGUUACAUCAAUCUGCUCAGUACAUUCAUUUGUGUGAGCUGUAAACACAACACUAGAGGGCAGCACUGUGAGUUGUGCAGGCUGGGCUACUACAGAAAUGCUUCUGCAAAGCUGGACGAUGAAAAUGUAUGCAUAGAAUGUAAUUGUAACCCUAUUGGCUCAGUCCGUGAUCGCUGUAAUGAAAAAGGAAUUUGUGAGUGUAAACAGGGAGCAACAGGGCCUAAGUGUGAUAAGUGUCUGCUGGGAUAUUACUGGCACAACCAGGGUUGUCAAUCAAAUGUAUGUGACAAUGAACUUCAGAUUUGCCAGAACGGGGGAACAUGUCAGAACAACGUGCGCUGCCUAUGCCCUCCAGCUUACACUGGUGUAUUGUGUGAGAAGCAGAGUUGCGAAAAGAAUCCGGAAGGUUGCAAUCCAGGCUCCGGACAAGGGGCAAUAUCAUUACCAUAUCUUAUACUUCUAUUACCACUGAUUGCGCCAUUAGGAUUAAGUGGGUUUUUCAUAUUCUAGGCUGCAGAGCUUUGGAGGAUCAACUUCAGACUGCUUGAAAAAGAAUGUUCCACAGGAAAGAAAAGAAAAAGAAAUUACAACAGCAGCAGCAAGCAGAUGCUAAUGUCUUUUAAAAACAUAAAGGGGGAACAAAUAAAACCACACAUAUAGACUUUAUAAAGGCCCAACCGAACUAAGCCAUAUAUAUCCAUUGUGGACAACCCAGCGAGUCAAGACUGUUAUUUUCUGACUCAGGCUUAAAUGGGCAGCUGCCAACACUAUUACUUUUAAGUCACAGCUGCAAAAGCUUACACAGGAUCGAAAAGGCUUUGGUAACCACCCCCAGAUGGGAAUACAAAAAAAGAAAGAAACCACAAAAACCAUGCUCCUCCAAUCUGGUGCGCAACUGUACCUCUUCCCAGUGUGUGGACCAACCAAAUAGAGGCAUUCUUUGCUGUCAGUGCAUUGUGGGUAUAAGGAAAUCUGUUUCAAAGCUGCCAUAUUGGCCUGCUUCAGCCCCUGAAUCCCCUUCCAACUGUGCUUUAGUGAACGUUGCUCUGUAACCCUUGUUGGUUGAACGAUUUCUUUGUCUGAUGUUAGUAAUGCACAUGUGUACUACCAGCCCCUCCACAAUAAAUCAAAAGCCAGCCAUACCCUUGUAUAUCUUAGAAGCACUGCAUCGAGACAAUGCGGUACUAACCUAUUGUACAAGAGUGGCUACAGGACAAAAAGUGUAUUUAUCCUUUUGUAUUCAAAUGAAGUUAUUUUUCUUGACUAACGUAAGACGUAGAUUUUUUGUAUUAUUGCCAACUUGUGUUAACAGACAAUUUAUUAAUGUACUUUAAUCCUAAUUGGAUUAAGGGGGGAAGUUAAUUUUUAUUUCGCCUUCUCUCUUUUUUUCCUCCUUUUGCUUUUCAUUUAAUUAUGCGGAGAUUUCUCUGUAUGGGCAGCGUGCUGGCAUCAAAGAAUAUCAGUUUACAUAUUAUAGCAAGUGUAAUAAGAUUCCACCAAAGGACAUUCUAAAUGUUUUCUGUUGCUUUAA